GCGGAAGAAUGUUGCUGCCACGUGUCACCGCCAUUCUUUUGAUCUGCACACCGCUCCAAAUUCCAUUCUCUAUAAAUGAAUGAUUAGAGUGCUCCAACUAUCUGGACUGCGCAUUCUUUCUCUUCUAUUCUUUCUUUUUUUUUUAACUCUCUUCAACUCAAAAUUCAUACAAAUGGGAAUUUUCAGCCUAAAUCAUCCCAUUGUUUUGGCCCUUGGCCUCCUUGGGAAUAUCAUUUCGAUUAUGGUGUUUCUUGCUCCAUUGCCAACUUUCAUUCGGGUGUACAGAAAGAAGUCCACUGAAGGUUUUCAGGCAAUUCCAUACGUAGUUGCAUUGUUCAGCGCCAUGUUUUGGAUGUACUAUGGCGUGAUGAAACCUGACUGUACUUUAAUUGUGACUAUCAAUUCUGCUGGUUGCAUUAUUGAGACUCUCUACCUUUCCAUAUACGUAGCCUAUGCUCCCAAACAAACCAAGAUAUUGAUUGCAAAAUUGCUCAUAUUUCUGAACAUGGGUGUUUUUGGAUCUGUGGUAUUAUUUACCCUGUUGUUUUCGAAAGGAAAGAGACGAAUCGUCAUAGUGGGUUGGAUCAGUUCAGCAAUAUCUGUCACAGUAUAUGCAGCUCCAUUGAGCAUACUGAGAUUAGUAAUUUGUACAAAGAGUGUUGAAUUCAUGCCCUUUUAUUUGUCCUUCUUCCUGACUGUCAAUGCCACAAUCUGGUUUGCCUAUGGACUUCUGAUCAGAGACAUGUUUGUUGCACUACCCAAUGUGUUGGGAUUCCUCUUUGGAGUAGUGCAAAUGGCAGUGUACAUUUUAUAUAGAAAUUCAAAGGAAGUGAAAGAUGACAAGGCAACGGAUCUUGCAGGAAUUAAUGGAAAGAUGAACCCAAUAAGUUUAGCAGAAAUUCAUCCCAUUGACAUUCCUCCCUGCAAACAUAAUGGUGAUGAAAAUUCAGGAAACCCAGUGCAGAUGAGUGUUUGUGAGGUUGACAGAAAACAGUCAGAAUUAACAGCUGUUUAAGCUGAAAUUAGUGGCCUCAAUGGCUAUCUGAAUUUUUAAUGAUGCUUCCAUCAGGGAAGACAAUCAUAACUGCUGAUCCAGCUUCAUUGGCAGAAAAAAAUCAUAAUAUGCAGAUCUGGUGAUAGAAAAUUGCUUCCAGGGGAAGUGCUGACCAUGAUUUAUGUGUAGGGUGUGCAUAUUGGCUUCUUGGAUCGUUUUUUUCUUCAUUUUCAGUGGUUCAAGUAUUCAUUGUUUUAAAAGUUUGCAAUAGUUGUGAUGGUGGUCACACCUCCAUCAGAAAUCUAAUUCUAAAUCUACUCUUUGAUUGAGGAUAAA